GGCGGAGCCGAGGAACCGAAAGAGAAAGCGGGCUGUGCUCGUAGGACCGCGGGAACCGGGAUGAAGCCACGGUGGGCGAGCCUCUUGCUGCUGUGCUGCUGCUGUCUGGGCCACGGGGUCGCCCGGACCUGGCCGCGGAGCCACCAGCGGGAGGCGGCCGCAUUGCGGGAAAGUCUAAAUAGACAUCGAUACUUGAACUCUUUCUCUCAUGAAAACUCCACUGCCUUCUAUGGAAUAAAUCAGUUUUCUUAUUUAUUUCCUGAAGAGUUCAAAGCUCUGUAUUUAGGGAGCAAAGCUACCUGGUCUCCCAGAUACCCAGCAGCAGGGCAGACGCCCGUCCCCAAUGUGUCUUUGCCACUGAGAUUUGACUGGAGGGACAAGCAUGUUGUAAACCAAGUGAGAAACCAGAAGAUGUGUGGAGGCUGCUGGGCGUUCAGUGUGGUGGGUGCAAUAGAGUCGGCUCGUGCGAUCCAGGGGAAACCUCAGGACGACCUCAGUGUACAGCAGGUCAUCGACUGUUCCUUUAACAACUAUGGCUGCGGCGGUGGCUCCCCGCUCAGUGCUCUGAGCUGGCUGAAUGUGACACAGGUGAAGUUGGUGGAAGAUUCAGAAUACCCUUUCAAGGCAGAAAAUGGCCUGUGUCGCUAUUUUCCCCAAUCACAAGCUGGAGUCUCAAUCAAAGGUUUUUCUGCAUAUGACUUCAGUGACCAGGAAGAUGAAAUGGCAAAAGCACUCCUGAGCUUCGGCCCUUUGGUGGUGAUAGUUGAUGCAGUGAGCUGGCAGGAUUACCUGGGGGGCAUUAUCCAACAUCACUGCUCUAGUGGGGAGGCGAACCAUGCAGUUCUCAUCACGGGAUUUGAUAGAACGGGAAACACUCCAUACUGGAUGGUGCGAAAUUCGUGGGGCAACUCCUGGGGAAUAGAAGGCUACGCCCAUGUGAAAAUGGGAGGAAAUGUCUGUGGCAUUGCAGACUCCGUCUCUGUUGUCUUUGUGUGAUCCUGUUAUGUUCUGGAGUCAUCAUGAGACAACUAAAAUAUGACGCUCUUUGUAGUAUAACUGAAUGUAAUGCUUAAUUCUCAGCAUUAUUCACUGUCGAGUUUCAGCCACUGGCUGCAGGAGGUUCUAAGGGCCAGCUAGCACAGUUAAUGCAAUGGUAGAUCAUCCCAGUCUUUCAGAGAGACGGACAACCAUCUCUCUGGAAUCACACCUCCCCACAGCACAUCGACCUCCAAAGAAAUCUGGAACAGUGUGGAACUCAGAGAGCCUGGUGGGAUCCCAAGUCACAUCAGGUCCUCCAUCUGGAAGUAGUUGGGAUUUUCGCUGACUUUUUGUCAUUCUGGCUGUGUAGUGUAAUGGAAUACUUUGGUCAGGUUGGGACAAAGAAACAUCAGAAUUGGUUCUCCUUUGUGGCCUGUAAUCACCAGCCGUAAGUGACCUCAUCUACUGGAACUGUCAGCCCCGCACAGUGUGUGUCUCACAAUCACAGUGCCUUCCUUGAGGGAGGGCCAUGCGUAUGGAGUUGACAUUUGAUUGUGGCACCUCAGCAAAUGACCCUUUACCUUAGACAGUAGAAUAACUAUGCACAAAGGAGAAUUAAGCCAGUCCCUCCUUCAGACAGACAUCCCAGCUGAAUGAAACACAUGGCAAUCAGGUGACAGGAAGUAUCUCAUGCUACUUCCUAUUCGUCGGAAUUUCUAGAGCGCUUCACUGUGAAGGAUCCGAUACAUUUCUCUUCUUGCCGUCUUCUCUUUGUAGUAGAAAACAAAGGAUUUUCCACAUUUUUCAAUCUCUCUUGUCCUUUACCGUAUGCUUCCCAUGUGUUGCUGAUGGUUCACCUUCCAGUCCAGCAGAAUUCUGUCCUAUUUUUGGCAUUCCAUUUUUACUACACAAUCUUUUACUUAAAACAUUUUCCGACACUUGCUGGUCCCACUCACUUUGCUCUUUGUUCGUGUCCUUCACUAGACUCCCAGGAUCAAGAACAAAAGUCCUUAUUCUCUUUCCUGUUUCGGUGAGAAGCAAUCUCAAAAAAAUGUGCAGAGACUGGACUGUGGAAAAAUAGCAGAGGACAGACAGUUCUUAAUGUUUUUGAACAGAGUUGCCUAAUUAUUCAGGGACUCCAGAAAGGGAUUGAGUUCAGCUGUAGUUCUUAUUACUGACUUUCAACAUGUUUUCGGUGGUUUUGUGAUACCCAGUUUCAAAUGUAGAUUUUCAAAAUGAUUGUUACUGCUCACGUAUUAUGAAUUUUGAUAACAUUUAUAAUAAAACUACCUAUAUUUGACUUUGAAUUAAAAAGAACUUAUUCUUAAA